AGUUACCAUAGCAACGAUUUGUAUCAACUCGACUGGAUUUUUUCUUUUUCACGUGCGAGUAGAAUCAAAUAAGUCAAGAUGCCGGAGCUGAUAGAGCAGAUGUACAGCUCCCAACAAAUUGUGAUACCGCCCAAGUAUCCCUAUAUUCUGAAGAGAUAUUGUAAAGCGGCUAUAAAAACUCAACCUUACGAUCUCCUGAGAUGGUCCUUCGAGUACUUCAAAGCCCUAUCAGAGCAUCGACCACCCCCAGUCAAGCUACGACUGGAGUACCCCAUCUACAGCACUGAAGGGGGACUUACAAGAGGAUGCCUGAAGGUUUUGGCUCAUCAGCUAUAUGGCAUGUCAGAAAUUCCGACCGCAACCUUAAGGCAGGCAUGGAACGGUUUUUGCCUGGACUUUAUGGAGCUGCAGAGGAUCCUGUGUCUUUGUGAGGUCCACCUGAGGAAGGAUCAUGUACCAUUCUUCCAUUUCCUGGCAGUCGCUGGUGGAAUGCUCACCAAGUGUCUGACCCACACCAUGAUCUUACUCUGUGAGUCUCUAACCAAGGAGCCUGAUGGUGGGUCAGCAGCUAUACCAGUUGAGGAGUUUCUCACCAUGUACAAGUACCUAGCUUUGAUAGAUGCCUCCAAAGAUGUGCAGUACCAUAAUGGAUAUAGAGACGGUAAUGAGCCCGAACCGGUGGUGGAAGAAGAGGAAGAAGUUCGUCCAGAAUCUGAACCGCCCGAAUCUGAAGUAGAGGACGAUUAUUGGGAUGACCAGGACCUUCAAAGGCUGUCCGUGAUAGAUGACCAUGUCGCUAAGACAGCCAGGCUGAGUGUGAAACUCAACCUCCCUACUAUCGGCAAGAUAGAAAGAUCUCCCUCUAUUGAACGGCUGACAGAAGUAGAAAGAGAAAAUUAUAUGCGGGAGAGAAUUGGAAAACCUAUGCCGGACGAGGAGAUUGAUAAAAAACUGAGACAUCUCAGUAUUACGAAAAUGAACGAAUCAGCAGUGAUGAAAACCGAGACCACAGUUGAGCCGGAGGUGGAAGUUGAGGAAAAGAGGGACGUGAUAGACAUAUAUGUCUAUGACGAAGAAGAUAACCCUGUCGUUUAUGAAUUAUAUGGAGAACCUAAAGAAGAAGUACGCGAAGUUGUGACUGAUACUGAAACUGAACUAACCACUGAAAAGUCAGAUGAAGAAGUACCGGUAGAAGUAGAAGUAGAGGAACCUCCACCUCCCGGACAGAAUGAUAAAGAGAGAGUCGCGCUGUUUUUAGCUGAAAUAGAACAAGUACGAGAGGAGCGUUUGAAUGAUAUAACGACGACCUUCGAGGAACUGGCGGCGCUGGUGGAUAGAUUCAGAACUGCUAACUAUGAUCUGGGCAUGGUGGCUGGACGUCAGAUGUCGACCACCAGUGGGGAGUUUAUAGUCCAGCAUAUAGAGCAGGAAAUAAUGGCGUACAUUGAUGAGCAGAUCGCCAUACUACCAGACCCUGAUUUGAAAAAGAAGAAGGCUAAACCAGAAGAAGUGGCGAUGGUCAGGGAUAUCUUAGAAACCUUCUUGGAUGAGAACAUGGACAUUAUAGUACCAGAAGUGGAAGAAGUUGAAGAGGAAGAGGUGCCUAUACCCGAUAUAAUUGUGGUGUAUGCAGUCCCCGGUAUCGGUCCUCCAGUGGAUAGUGAGAUCAUGGCGGACUUUGAGGAGUACAUCAGAGAGGUCACAAAGGUGCAAGCAAAGAUGGUGAUGCCUAGGAACAUUAGGCACUUCCUCUGCCCACCGCUUGAGAAAUACAUCGAGACGGAAUACGAUACCAAUGAAAAGGUACAUUCAUCAGACCAAGUUCCUGUUGGUGGUACUAUCGCCGAAUAAUUUCAAACGUUAAUAUUAUUAGAAUAUAGUCAUUUUUUAUUGCACGAAACCAUAUUAUACCUAUGUCCUCUAAGAUCAUUUAGGAUAACUGUCGACGUUGCGUUAUUUGACGUAUGCAUG